CUCCCUCCCGAGGAAGAAGAGCGUCGCCGCGUGCGAAGAGAGCGUAACAAAGUGGCCGCAGCUAAAUGUCGUCAGAGACGUGUGGACCACACGAAUGAGCUGGUGGAGGAGACGGAGGAGCUGGAGGCAGAGCAGAGCAAGCUGGAGUCAGAGAUCCAGUCUCUGCAGCAGGAGCGAGAACAGCUGGAGUUUAUCCUUCAGGCUCACCAGCCCAUGUGUAAGGUGAACUCUUCCCGCUCCACUGCCGCCCCAGCCACCUCAUCAAAGGUCAAGGUGGAGCCGGAGCACUUGAUGGUCGGCGGUGCCUCCGAGACCACCGGUCACCACCACCCCCACCACCAGCACCACUCACACCUCCACAGCUCCGCUGACCCGUGCCCAGCCCCGGAGAACCUGAGCAUGUCUGCUGCGGCGUCCAGCGCUUCAGCCGCCACCCCCGCCCAGCGGCCUCCCGCCGCAAGUGCCGCAACAGCGUCGUCCGCCAUCGUUUCUUCAUCGGCCGCCGUCUCGGAGAACUCUCUGGUGGCCUCGUCUCGGCCCAACUCCCUCCCUCUGAUCAAACGGGACCGUGCGCGGAUGUUGUCUGUGACCUCGGCCACGGGUGUGAGCAUCAACACGCCCACCUCUGGGGUCACCAUCACCCCAUCGUCGCUGUUCUGCCCCGGGCUGGACAGUAUGGUGGACGGCUCCACGGGACUGACGCCCCUCACCGGCAUGUCGUGCUCCUCGCAGGUCCAGCGGAACAACAGCGACAGCAGCUCCGAGGCAGUCGGCUCACCCACGCUCAUCUCCUUGUGACAAACAAAGUCUCUGCGAACACCACUGGAAUCUUCGUCCAAGAUGCUAGAAGAAGAAGACGACGAGAAAAGGAAUUGAUUGAACUGUAGAAUUUUUGAAGAACUUUUUCCGUUUCUAUUUUGUAGCUUAUAGUUGGAAUAGGUGUUCAGCCGGAGAUCGAUCUAUCGUGGUGUUCCAGAGAGAUGAAGUGACUUGCAGUCUACGACAGUCAUAGAGGAAAGUUCAAAAGAGUUUAAAUUAGAUUUUAAAAGGACUGAAUGAUUAGUUUUUAUCGUUACACUUUGUAGCUUUAUUUAGCACAUAUUUGGUUUUUUAGAAAGAUGGGUUCAUGUUACUUGGAAACUGUGAAAUUAGUGAGGUGGAUAUUGGCACAAUGCUUGGCGUUGUAUUUGACUCGAAGUAGAUGCAUGAAAGUUGUGAAAAUAUUGUACAGCCGAGGAUGUAGAGUGUUUGUUUUUUGAAAAGGUUUCAAGUAUUAUGCUUACUUGAAGAACUUGACUGCAUUUAUUCAGCUGAUAGAACUGGUUCCAUAACAGUUUGUUUUUGUCUCCAUCUGUUUCAUAGAGGUCAUUCACUUGUCACAAAUUUAUAAUUCAGACUUUGCUGUACUGCUAAGAGUCUUCAUAUAAACUUGUUUAUAGGAAAUGAAAGAAACUUUUUCCACAUGAAUAGCAGUUGGUGGAAUGUGGGUGAAGGAAGUCUUACUUUGCUGUCAAGAAUCUCGGGGGUUGGUGGGAGUGGCGGUAUACUUGAGUGAGAAAGUAGCGAAGUAAGAUAGUCGUCCAGCUUGUAUAGUGAUGAUGUCAGUGCUUAAAGCUUGUCUUGUGCCCUAUUGUUAUAAUGCUUGAGUGUAAAGUCAAUGAUUCUAAUUGUUUCGAUCCGUUGAGUAUUCUGACUUCCCUGUUAUGUUUCACUGUGCUUUCUUCAAGUGGAUGGACUUGUGUGCAAUACUAAAUGCAUGUUGAUAUAUAUGUGUGUGUACAAAAGAGCAUUAUAAUGUCAGUUGUACGCUAUAUGAGCUGGUUAUCAUGUGCCCUUAUGUAUAAUUUUAUGACUAUGGUUCGCUCUUUUACAACUGCCUACGUUGCCUGUAGGGGGCUCAGACUAAUAAUAAAGCUUUUGUUUUAGUAUGCAAAACAGUUUUUCUGUCAUGGUGUUCCACUUGUGUAAGUAAUAUUCUAUGCACUUUUGUUCAAGCACAUUAUGUGUGUAUAUUUUGCCUUUAUCCUGAAAAGCAAAGCAGCUACUCCAUGCAAAGUCGCCACAUGUUUACUCUACAGUUUUUGCGUGUGCUUUAAUUCAAAGCUUUGGAAGGAACUUCCCUUUUUCUACCCAUAUCUUCCAACAAUUUGUUUCUCUGUGCGCAUUUUGCAUUUUACAUUUUACAACUCUUCUCAGUAGAAAUUUGUUGAACUGGAAACUUUUAUUAUGAUUUGCCUAUCGAUUGCGCUAACAGGUCAUUGUGUGUGCGUUUACCUUUGGGAGAAUGUUUGAGGGACAGUAGGUUCAUCACGGAAAGAUCAGAAGCAAUAUUAGACACACAGCAGAGCAGGACAAGCAGAGACAGUCUCCUGUCUGUAGUGAGAGGAAUGGUCCCGUAGUGUCGUGGGACCGGAGACUUCUAGACAAUUACCUCAGUUGUAUGUGUAACUUUACCAUUUGAUAAUUGUUGUACUUGUGCGUGUGCGGCUGUACUAUUGAUGGCUGCACCAGGUGUGUGUGUGUGAUCUGUGAGUGACUGUGACUGUGACUUUGACUUUGAUGCUUUCCCUUUCAUUGCUGUGCCAGGUUGCAAGGUGUGUCAGAUAUUUAUUGCUCGGGUGGCUAGAGUGAGGAUGAUUGUGGAGAAGCCCUGUAAAAGCAGGACUUUUAUGAAAAAUUUUAUGAGUGCCUGAGAUCUAGGUCUGUUAUGGAAUGAAUAAUGAAUGUUAGAUAAAUAUAUAAGCCUGUUUUGGGAGUCUUCUAUAAAAACAAAAUCUUGGUCACUAGACGUGUCUCUUUUCUAUAUCUUCUGAUAAAACAUUAUUUGGGCACCAAAUGGAAACAGAAAUCUGUAAUACAGAAGUCAUACUUGGACUUGGAAUUUUCUAUUCAAAAUUUGUCUGAAAAGAAAUGGGAUACAUUGUAGUUAAGUUUCUGCUGCUGUUAUGAAUGUGUUUGGUGAGAAAUUGUCCUUGAAACAUUUACGUCCGGCCAUAGUCAUUGAUGAACUACCAUUCCGCUUUGUUUGUUACCUGGUAAUCUGACUGUUUUUCUUUUUUCAAUUGAUGGAACUUGACGCUGCUCCUCGCAGCUGCUAAUGUGGAAACUGUUGAGUGUUUUCUGCAGCCUCCAGAUGCUCAGUGACUUGUCUCUUCUUCUCUUCUUCUAUGUCCUUGUUGGGGGGAGCUCACUGUUUUUCUACUGUUGGGUCUCUCCACCGAGGCUUUUCGAGACCUCCCUACGUAGGUCGUGGUCACCCCAUCUGUGGCUGGCAUUGACUGUUCUGUGUUGUGAUCUUCAUAUGGUGUCUCUAUAGCAUCCUCAUUACGUGUUGUCCACGUGUUUCUCGUUGUUUUUAUAGGUGUCAAACUGCUGCCAUGUCAUUGGUUCAUUUCACUUUGGAUACUUUUUUUUUUAGUUCAGUUUGUAAUACAUUUUUUCUUCCGUUGCUGAAAACAAGCUGUGAAUCAUGUUUCUUGCAAACAGCUGGUUGUUGAAGAAAUCGCAUCACUUUCUUGUUUGUUAUUUGUUUGUGGCUUCUUCUGACUGCAACUACCACUAAGCCGAUGUCUGCCAUUUUGUGCUUCAAAGGUCAAUAAAAGCAAUCAGAGGGUCUAGUUUUUCUACUCUUGAGCCAGUUACAGUGAACUGCUGUAUGGAAAAAUUAGUUUGUAAAGAUGUUUAUUUCUAAUUGUGGUAGCCGGUAAACGAUGUGACAGCCUUUUUCUUGUAAUGCUAGAUGUGGGUAUUCUGGUUUACUUUGUUAAGUUUCAUCAUGAAAUGGACAGUUUUUCUCGUUUUGAAAGAAAGAUUCCGAAACUGCUAAACUCCUUGGUCCAACAGUGAAAUUUGAAACGCUAUUUUUUUAAAGAGUUUUUUUUGUAAACCUUUUAUUAAUUGCAUCGUUUGAGACAAUGCAUUAUUCAGCCCUACUCAUGUUUACUUUCCCUCCCAAUUUCAAGACCCAAGUGUUCCGAGAACAUGAUAAAUGACCAUAGAUUCUUUACCGCGUUUGUACCUGUGUACCUGUCCAGUCCAUCAUUUCCAUCUCGCGUGUCAUCGUAUGAGCCAUGAAUGCUACUCAAGUCACGUAGAUGUACAAGAAUUCCUACCGUUUGUACUCUGCCCAGGGAAAGUUUCCUUUCAACAGUUGAUAUGAUUUCCUGACAAUAGAUUUAUCAUUGAAAGGGUCUAUGCAAUAUCAUUCCAUAAGUGGAUCAGAUGGCCAUUACUUUUUGAACUCUUAUUGACCUAGUGCCUGCCUAUGCUUAGUAUUUAAAUUGACUAUGACGUUGUCUUUUAUGAUCUAUUUUUACAUGCAUGUUUUCUAUCACAUGACGUUUUUGUCCUCGGAGCCUGUUUGCCUGUGCAUGAGUACUCUCAGCCUCAAUGCUGUGUCAUUCGUUUGUGUUGUUGUUGUUUUUUUAUGGAAGAAAGCGAAGCAUAAUGGUCUCAAUUGUUCAUGGGUGUUUACUUUGAAGAUUUUAAAUAACGAAAUAAUGAGCUGAAAAGUGAACCACGUAUCUUUGUAAUAUGUAAUCAAUUACAUGAUGUAUCUUGUAUUCAUAAUAUUGUUUAUCAUAAAUACAAAUGACAAUAAUAAAUGUUUGAAACUGAAAGUUACCUUUUAAUACAGUGUGUCAACUUUGUACUUUCUGUAAGUAAUUACUUUAAGUGGUCUAGCUAUUUUAUUAGCCGUACAUUAAAUUGGUCCUUGUUACAAUAUCCCAGCCUCCAGUAAAUUUUACACGGGCUGUCAAGAGGAUAGAUUAAGAUUGUUUAUUCUUGUAAGUUGAUUCAAACACAUUAAGUUUUGAUCUCUGCCUUUUAACGAGAUAAAGUCCUGGGAGACUUGUCAAUGGGUGGUUGGUGGGUGCUUCUCGCAAGCUUUAAUUAUUUGUCUUUUCUUCCCCAUCAUUUUUAUCUGAUGUCUUUCUUUGUUCAAGUUUGAGCUUAUUGGCUGUUAUUCCAGUUUUGUUGGGAGAGCGUUUCUAGAAUUCUCUUCUACUCCAACAAACAGUGAAGUACAUAAAGAAGAGCACACCACGGUCAUAACACAAGUCAUUUUGUUUUUUUGGGUCGUUUUGAGAAAAAAAUACACCCCCCCACC